AUGGACGCGCUCACCCCGCGGUGGGCGCCUGGGUUCUGGCAGACGGCGUCGGGCGUUCCCUCCAUGCCUCGCCCAGCGAGCGGGCAGAUGCUGGAUGCUGAAGGGCGGCGGAGCGAACCGCGCGAGGAGGACCCGCACCUGGCCGCAGGGACCGAUGACGAGGCACCGGUGCUCGGCCUGGACUUUGAAGCUCUGUGCGUCCCUGUGAGAGUGAGUGGGCUGGUUGGGGCUUGCUACCAGCAGGUGCAGACUCAGCCAGAGGCGCUGUCAGCGCGGCUGGGCACCACGGCGGAGCGGCUCUCGAAGACACAACGCGGGAGGUGGCGGCGGCCGAGGUGUUCGCACACCAGCUGA